AUGCAAAUUUCCUACUUCGCCAUCCUGGCUACGGCCCUGCUAUCUGGCAAGGCCCUUGCGGCAUGCGGCGAGGGCACCUUCAACGGCAAGCCGAAUUCAUACCAAAGAGUGUCAAACUGCGGGCUCAAACAGAACAACGUCUACUUCUGCGGUGACUCGGGAACCUCCGUCGUUCAUAAGCAGAGUCAGCUUGUCCUCCGCGCUGGGAAGGUCGACUCAACGGUCUUAGUCGCUUGUAACGGGUACGGCUUCCUUUACCACUGCUCUGCAGGCGAGACGGGAAGAUUCAGAGAGCCUCAGUGCAAAGGCGCAGUGUGGGAGGUGGAGAAUGUCAAGGAACUUUAA